AAAGAGUAAAGCUUCGAACCCAGAUCAUAUAGCCCACCAUCUUAUAGAGCUAGUCAGAAGAUCCCUGAGCAUUUCUCGACUACUAGGCAGGUCGAAGCUCGUAUGUCAUCACCUCUUUACUUUCGAAGCCAAGGUUGGUGAUCUCUGCUCGCAAGGAAGAUGUUGUAUACUUGUAUGUUGUAUCAAUCAAUAUGAACAUUUCCCUUAAAAAAAAAAAGAAUCAAUAUGAACAUGUGCCGUUCAGCAUCAGAGAGCAAUUUUGUAGUUAUAUAUGGUUCUGGAGCUGUUGCAGUACAUACCUUUGCCCCCGCCUUCCCAAGAGGAAUUUUAAUUUACAAGUCAAAAAGAUGCAAACUUCCAACGAAUUUUCGCUGAUUUUACCAAACGUCUGGUGUGUGAGAGCUACUUUGGAGAGUACGUCCUCCAAUUACCAAACGUCUUAGCAUGUGGGUCUUACCAUUAGAAAUUGACACCUGCCGAGGCACGCGAGGUCAACACCAAAACCGCAUGCCGCCAACACGUGACGAGACUCUCUCUAUCUAUAUAGUCAGCCGCGGAAGAUGCCGCCCGGCACACGGGAUGAGCAAAACGGUGGGAUAGAUUCAUAGAUAGAUAGUAGUAGUACUGGAUAGAUAGAAAGAUAGAUAGUCCAGCCAGAAAGGUGCCGUCGCCUGUCUGUCUGGUCCAAGAAACAGAAACGUUCGUGUCGCCGUAUAAGUUGCAGAACUCGUCGAUCUCCAGUGUAUAAGCGAAUCAGUUUGUGGUUUGUUCCGGGAGGAAGAACAGAAGACCGGAAGGGUUGGCUGCGAUGGCCGGAGGGAAGGCGGUGUACUCGUUCCAGGAGGUGAGCAAGCACAACGACCGGAAGGAUUGCUGGCUCAUCAUCGCCGGCAAGGUGUACGACGUGUCGCCGUUCAUGGAGGAGCACCCCGGCGGCGACGAGGUCCUGCUGGCGUGCACCGGCAAGGACGCGACCGCGGAUUUCAACGACAUCGGGCACACGGCGACGGCGAAGGAGCUGAUGCCGCAGUACUGCAUCGGCGAGGUCGACGCCUCCACGGUCCCGGCCAAGCCGGCCUACCGCGUCGUCUCCGAGGACGCGAGCGCCAAGCCGGACGCCGCGAGCCAGGGCGCCUGGCUCACGGCGCUGCAGCUCGCCGUGCCGGUUGUGCUGCUGGGGCUGGCCUACGCGCUCCAGGACUUCGCCAAGACCAAGACGGCGUAGGGCUAGGGCGGCUCUGCCGCCGCAGGCUGGGGGCCUCUUGGAAUCGUCAUCUGAAUAUUUGGGUCCAUAGGUCGAAGUGUCAGACUGUCAAUUAAGUGUACCAGUGCUAAGUGCUAGUUAAUUAUUAGUAAUCUCCGUAAAGAAAAAUAAAUGUUUGCCGAUGAAGUUCUGUUUUCUAUUUUUUGUUGUUGUCUGCUUUUCUGCCAUUCAGCAUCUGAGCAUGAACCAUUGAUUCAUCUCCA